AUGUCGAAGCCUCUCGUUCUGGUCACCGGCGCUUCAGGCUACGUCGGCGCCUCCGUCGUUCACGCUUUCCUGCGAGCGGGCUAUCGAGUACGAGGGACGGUGCGGAAACAGGCGCAGGCGGGUGCAUGGCGGUAUCGCUUACCUCAGUACGACGAGGAGAGGCUGGACUUUGCGAUCGUCGAGGACAUGGGCAGGGAGGGAGCGUACGACGAGGCAAUCAAGGACGUUGAGGUUGUCGUGCACACAGCUUCGCCGUUCUUCUUCGGCUACACCGAUAACGAACGGGACAUGUUGCUGCCUGCCGUCAACGGCACACUGAACAUCCUCGACGCCGCGCAUCGGGCUGGCACUGUCCGCCAAGUCGUUAUCACCUCGUCCUUUGCCGCUUUGCAGGACUACCACCGCGGUCCUGACCCGACAAAGGUCUACACGGAGGAGGACUGGUGUCCUCUGACUUGGGACGACGCCGUCAAGGAGGAGAAGGACCAGGUUCUUGUCUACGUGACGAGCAAGAAGUACGCCGAGAAGAAAGCGUGGGAUUUCAUCGCGGAAAAGAAGCCGGCGUUCUCCCUCACUACAAUCCUCCCCGUCUACGUGAUCGGCGCCUCGGAACAGCCUCUCCAGUCUAUCGACGGCCUGUCAACCUCCGCGUCCUGGAUCCGCGAGUUCAUUGACAAGCAAGAAUUACCCAAGGCGCCGAUACAUGCCAUGGUCGACGUGCAAGACGUCGCCCUUGCGCACCUUCGCGCCGUCGAGAACGCCUCGGUCGCAGGAGGCAAGCGGUACCUCGUCGCGGCGCAUUCCUUCAGCGGGUCCGAAGUUGCACAUAUCCUCCGUCAAGCGUUUCCCGAGCAGCACGAACGGUUUCCGGACGCGGGAGGCGAGCCGGGCUGGGACAAGGAGGAGCCUUGGAAGUGGGAUACAAGCCGGGCAGAGACGGAUCUAGGCAUGCGCUGGAAGCCGCUGGAGCAGACGAUCCGAGAAGCGGCGGAGCAGGUUUUCGAGUUUGAGCGACGAGACAAGCGGGCGUGCGCUGCAUCGUAG